CGCUCAAGCGAACCUACAGAUAACGAUUGCACAUCACGUGGUGUCUAGCUUAACAGCCGAUCUGCCGAGAUUCGCUGAACCAAUUACAAAACAGUGAAAGUUCGAGAUGAUUCGGUGGGUACCACACAAACGCGAACUGGUGCAACGCAAUCAUAGAUGUCAAAUGAUUGUCAUCCUAUUCAUUGUGGAUUUAAUGGUCACUGUUACGGCCAGCAAAUUACCUCUUACUUUUCGUCAUGGACAUAAGCCUCCAUUCCCAAUUUUGUAUCAAACGGGGAAUUCGGAGGAAGACCUUCCUGAAUGUGGACAGUGGUCAGUGUGUAAUAGAGUCGAUACGUACUCCACGCCGUGGGUUGAACGUCGAUGUCGAUGUCCAGGCAAAAAGUCGUGUUCCUUGUCCUUAGAUGACCAAGAUGGCCACACAGUUGUAUCAAAAACUCGCCAAUAUAAAGUCUGCGAAUCAGUCCGAAAGUUACCGAUAUGUAAAUAUAUUCGUGAUGUCACGUGGACUUAUGUUGAAAACCCCGACAACUCGACAGAGCAAACCAUUCAUUGUGUCUGUCCCAAGAAAAGCUCCCCUUACAUCAUCAAACGGCACUCGUACUCAACAUCGAAAGGGACAGCACAUAGGUACUCGUUUGCCUGUUCACCUCAAACUUCAUUGCUGUGUCAAAGAAAAGAGCCGUGCCGUCUCUUCUCUGUAAGAAAGAGAUCUGAAGUUGAAGAUGUGAAUACGGACAUUUUGUGUCAUUGUCCUCAUAGCUACACUUGUCCAGACAACCACAAGGAUUCACCCGUUAUUUUAGAACCCAGCUAUCACGGAAGCCAAACACGAACUUACAGUGGCUACUGCACGUUGGAUGUAGACCGAUAACCUCCUUCAAGUCUCAGGACAGUGUGCGCAGCAGCACAGAAUACCCUAGAAUGACGUCACUCUGUAUACCAAGCAGUGAGGGUGGACACAUUCCAAGGCCUAUAGGAGAAGUCCAAAGUUACUUAGGCCUAUAGGAGACGUCUAAAGUUACUUCUAAUGAACUAUAUUUUACAAGAACGUUGUUCACAACGUCUCAACAAAAUACGGAAAUGUUUAUGCACCAAAGAAGGGUUUACACUUGAAGGUUAGGACUUAUCUCAGGAAAAUUACGUUUUGAAUAGACGAUCGUUGAUCAACCUGGCCAGACACGGAUUUGGUGAGUGAAGACAAAUAAACGGUUACCUCGAACACAAAGAUGUUAAGAAGAUUCAAAGGACUUACAGUCCAAAUUUUAUACAACUCAUAAAACCGAUAUUGGACUUACAUUUGGUAGUUUUAAUGAGUUUAAUUAUUAUUUCAAGAACGGACAGACCGAUUUUAAAAGAACAUGCAAUUAGUUUUGAGAUUUGAGUUUAAGUUAUCGAUGUUAAUAUUAGAGUAGGCCUGACUGUUAAAAUUCAAAUAUAAAAAAUAUAAUAAUAAACAUUUAUUUAAAAAGUAUAUAAAUACCUAGAAAUACAAAUGAUUAGCAUAAAAAGUACACCCGAAAAAAACAACAAAAAACGAUUGAAUUAGAUUUCAAAUAUUCAGUAGGUUUCACCGUUAUUAAAAUAUCCGCACAAUAACAAUACAGAUAGUUCUAUAGUAUCCACACCAUUACAAUAAAUACAGACCUAAAGUUACUACACCAUAACCGUAUAGAUAGGACUAUACCGUAACAAUAACGAUUAACUAUAUGGUGUAACAGCUAUUUGUUUGUUGUUAUUGUUUUGUUUAUUAAGUUCUGGUUAAAGCAAACUACUUAUAGAGAUCAGAACUAAAAGGCAACUCAUGUUGGUCAAAGAGGAAUAUGCAAUGUUAUAGACAAAAAUGUACAAUGAUUAGAAAGAAAUAACCUCACAGUUCAGGCCUUCUACCAUAGUCCCAUAAAAACGUAUGGAUAAAAUAAAGAAUUUGUGACACGAAAGUAUUAUUUGGAGAACGUACCAAAAAGUCAUAAAUCUCAAAAUCAUUACAUCAUGUUUUUUUUUAGUUUGAUAUAUAUCUUAUGCUUCAGCGUUUAAAUACAUGGACUUAAAAGAUCAUAAAAUAGGCCUUCCCUUUAAUAAAAACUGCGUUUCGAUAGCGGCAGUAGAUCAAAACUUUAUCACAUUCUCCUAACUUACCCACAUAAUUUCCUAAUUGUUUCACACCCCUGUAAAUUAUGUGUUCACUAUAUUUCAUUUUUUUCACAGAGAGAUUAUAAUUUUAAAAGUUGAUUUCUGCUAUUCACUAUUAUUGCUACAUCCAAUAUACCUAAGAAAGUCUACAAGCCUAGCUGCACUUGACAAUAUUACGCCAAUAACCAACCACAAGUAAUUUUAAAAUUUAAAUCCUGUUAAACGCAACAGGAGCUAAGCAACCAGGAAUUUAAUUGAAGUAAAUUAUAAUUUAUAAUACAUGGUGUUAAAAACAUAAUUCUGAUUGUUGUAACAUAAAUAAAAUUAAUGAAAAUUUACACUUCACCAACUUAAUGCAGUACACACUGUAACAGUUGUUGCUAUGCAAUUUUAUAGUAUAAAUAAUGUCUCAACCACAACUAUGUCGUAUUUCAGUCGGACUGAAGGGCCCUAGUAAUGGACAUGGAUAUAGUGGAUAUCAUGUGGUUAGUACGUUAUUAUACACACUCUUCUUGCACUCAAGUUAUUAUUCACAAAAUACGUAAGAAAUCAGAUGCUAAUGUGUUUCAAGAGGUUCAUAGUUGCCAGUUAAACUCUUCUAUUUAAGUAAUAAUAAUUUGUCUACACUCUUAGCAUGAAAUAAUCAAUAAAUCAGUGACCACAUUGUCACAGUUCUGUAAUUAGAUACAAGGAAAUUCAAACAGUAACGAGAAAAGCCCCCGUAUACUAACAUAAUUAUAUUGUGUACAUAUGGAGGUUAGAAACUUAGUAUAGUUAGAGAGUUUUAUAAAUGUCACGUUCAUGACAUAAGACAAAAGCCGCGAAAUAGUUGAACUGAAAAUCAAAAUGUGGGAAUGAACAGGAAAAAUGGGAAUUUGACCAAAAAUAGGAAGAAAAGUUUUGAAAAUUAGCUAAACAAGGGCAGUGGAAAGUCUGUUAGUUGUGUAGAACAGUUUAGGAUAUGUUGGUCGUAAUCCUAAUAAUACCAGUUCGACAAGAUGAGGUGAUUUAGGUGGCUAAUUCUGUUUUUAUACCAACAGCCAUACUCUGACGGUUCUAUAACAUACAAUUUCUAGUGUAUAUAAACGUGUCCUAUUGUUGAAAGUUUUGUACAUAUUUUUUUAUACAUAUAAAGCCAAUAUAAUGUCACUAUAUAGCUUCUUUUGUGAGAGUUUGAACGUUUUAACCCACGCUGGGGUCUUGAAAGAGGUACCCCAAUUUGUCCACUUCUCAAUUACUCUACGCACGAAUAUAUAUAUACACACACACACACACACACACCAGUGUUUGAUU